AUGGAUAGUCUCGAGAAAGUAAGAAUGGAGGAACAGCAGGGUCAGUACGGGAUCUCCUUAUAUGGUUUGGAGGAGCAGGGAGGGUCACUGCAGAGCACACUCACUCACCAAAAAGUUCCAAAAAGGUCUGCAAGGACUGGCCAGGUGAUAGGGUCAACUUGCCUCGCGGGCUGUAGUUUGCCAACCCCUGCUCUAGAGUAUAGUGCAAAUGCAGCAGCGUUAAAGGUUGAAAUUGGAGAACUGUGCAGGGUCCAGACCAUGUGGAGACUUACGGGAUCAUGGCUGCUGCAGCUCCAGGUUACCAUAGCUGUGUUAGAGAAAGAGAAAGAGGAGAGGCAAGGGAAUGAAGGACUGAUUAUCCGGUUGCUGGGAGGGUUGCUUGAAGACAGGCCUCAACCUAUCAGCUCUCUUCAAGUAUUGCCUCAAUUGACGAAGUCACCUUACCAAGGACAUGACCCUUUCCAAGGGCAUGAGAGAAACUCUGGAUGCCCCUUUUUUCUCUGGGGACUUCUAGUCUUCUUGGGUUUGGCUCUGGUUAUAUCACUGAUCUUCAAUAUUUCCCACUGGGUGGAAAAGCAGCGACGAGAUAAAGUGUACAGAUACUCUGAUGACUACAUUCCCAGGGCUGAUGAAUAUUAUAUUGAAGACACACCAGUUUAUGGUAAUUUAAAUAAUAUAAGCCCAGAACCAAUGGAUGAAAAUUGCUAUGAACAAAUGAAAGCCCAACCAGAGAUAUCUGUAAAUGAGAUGCAAGAAGACAUCCCAUCUGCACAGGCAAUGGCUGAAACACAGAUGUGCUACGCAUCACUUAAUCACAGCUUUAAGGGGAAGCGCAGAAAGCCCAGGAAACAGAAUCCCUACUUGUCAGACAAGGAUGAAGAUGAGCAAUUACAUGCACUGCAUACCAGUGUGUCUAAGAGCACUUUGGUGGACCGUUUCUCACCAGAAAACCAGGCAAUAGAGGAAAACAUUCAUGACGACCCUAUCAGAUUGUUUGGAUUGAUUCGUGCUAAGAGAGAACCUGUAAGCUAG